AUGCCACCAGUAGUAAGCAAAUAUGUGAAGGACACAACUCCUAAGAAAGAGCGUGCUCGACUGUUCCUCAAAAGUUGGGAAAAGGGAACACCAAAUGCUGGAGCUGCAGGAAUAUUGUUCGACUUGAAAGGAACGUUGACCCAAAACCUACAAAUGUCUUCGUGUCUGGCCUUCAGUGUGGUGGUUUGUCCACCGGCACCAGUCAUGCGACGUCUCAUCCUCCCAUUGCUGUUGUUGACAACUCUUAUUCUAUCCGUCCACAACGGCCUGCGCCAAUCGUCGGAGGCUAAGAGGCCUGUGGACGACGAGCUCUCAUGCUGUGGUGUUGUGAUUGGUUCUGAACUGUCUGGUGUGGAUACUGAACAGUCUGGUGUGGAUACUGAACUGACUGGGGUGGAUACUGAACAGUCUGGAAUGGAUACUGAACAGUCUGGAAUGGAUACUGAACUGUCUGGAGUGGGCACUGAACUGUCUGGAUUGGAUAUUGAACUGACUGGAGUGGAUACUGAACUGUCUGGAGUGGAUACUGAACAGUCUGGGGUGGAUACUGAACAGUCUGGAGUGGAUACUGAAAUGACCGAAGUGGAUACUGAACAGUCUGGAGUGGAUACUGAACUGACUGGAGUGGAUACUGAACUGUCUGGAUCGGGUACUGAACAGUCUGGAGCGGAUACUGAACUGUCUGGAGUGGAUACUGAACUGUCUGGAGUGGAUACUGAACAGUCUGGAGUGGGCACUGAACUGUCUGGGGUGGAUACUGAACUGUCUGGAGUGGACACUGAACUGUCUGGAAUGGAUACUGAGCUGUCUGGAAUGGAUACUGAACUGUCUAGAACGGAUGCUGAACUGACUGGAGUGGAUACUGAACUGUCUGGAGUGGAUACUGAACAGUCUGGAGUGGAUACUAAACAGCCUGGAAUGGAUACUGAACUGACUGGAGUGGGCACUGAACUGUCUGCAGCGGAUACUGAACAGUCUGGAGUGGAUACUGAACUAACUGGAGAGGAUACUGAACUGUCUGGAGCGGAUACUGAACAGCCUGGAGCGGAUACUUAA